GCUAUGGCGGCGCCCGUCGUGCCGGAGAGCGACAGCAUCCGCAAGGCCGUGUCGCUGCUCAACGCCGUGGACCCGGGCCGGUUUCCGCGGCUCCUCUCCCGCCUUCUCCAGAAGCUGCACCUGAAGGCUGAAAGUAUCUUCAGUGAAGAGGAGGAAGAAAAACUUCAAAUAGCUUUUUCAUUGGAAAAACAGGAUCUUCAUCUGGUUCUUGAAACGAUAUCAUUCAUUUUGGAACAGGCAGUCUAUCACAAUUUGAAGCCUGCUUCGUUGCAACAGCAGCUACAGAGCAUUCACCUGGAUCAAGACAAAGCCGAAGCAUUUGCUAGUGCAUGGGCUGCUGCGGGUCAAGAUACGAUUGAAAAGUUCAGGCAGAGGGUUUUGACCCCUCAGAAGCUGGAAACAAUUGGAUGGCAACUUAAUCUUCAAAUGGCAGAGUCCAUGCAAGCAAAGCUGAAGUCUCCCCAAGCUGUCCUAGAGCUGGGAGUGAGCAAUGAAGAUUCAAAGGUAAGAAAUAUAAGUCAGCAGAGUUGGAAUGAGUUGUGGUCAUGGCCUUCCGGUAAAGUUCUGUUAAGGGCACCCAUUGCAACUCUUAAUUGUUGUUAUUUUUGUCAUUAUUUUUGUUUUAUAUUUCAUAAAGGUUAUAGUAAACACUUGAAAUUGUGAAAUACUGAUACAAUAGCAUAAAUAUUCAGUAGACUGAGAGCUGUGUUACCAGCUCUUUGGGCUGUAGCAGGAGAAAUAGGGAAUAUAGUUAUUUUAGGUCUCUAAAAUGUUUUUGUAGAUAGUUUAUUUUUAUCACAUAGCAUAUGAUUGUAGUUCUUAUGCUUUUAAUACAUAGUAGGUUGCAGCCUUCUACCAUGUGUAUAGUUAUGUAAGACAUUGCUCAUCACUUGCAACCUUUCAGUGCUAAUGAAUUAUGACACUAUGUGAGGCCACAGAAACCCAGUAUUUGGAGGUUUUAAAGAAGAGUCUUAAGGCAACAAGGAUUUUAAUGACUUGUUGGCAUAUCAGAACCCAAACUCACUAAAGAACAUAAGUUCUUAUUCAUAAAAUCUGUUUCUUUUGUUAGCCAGCGUGUUUUGAAUUAGACACAUGAUUUGCUCUUAACCUUAUCUUGCUAAUGGAAAUUGUAGUCUUUAGUUUUGUGGUGUCUGUCAGAAUGUUUACCUAUGAAAAAUUCAGUAUAAGGAGUUUGAGGGGAGAAAUCAGAACUCAGUGCUGCUUUAGCAUUGCAAUUAAUUCACAGUAAUUUUACUAAUGUGAGUGGAAUUCUGAUUUACGGUGAAAUAAUUGAGAAGACACAGCUUAUAUUUGUGCGUCUCACUAAGACUUGCAGCAGCUGUAUAUUUUUCAGAAUUUCAUUGCUGCAGAUACCGGAACUGGACAAAAUUUUAUGCCCAAGCUACAUUGGUGAGAAUUGAAUACACAUUCAGUUCUUAUGGCAAAACUAUUAAAAAAUAUAGAGGGGAAAAAUGUCAUUUUCAUGUAAGACAGAAAGUUCUGUUUCUUGUACAAACAGGAUUCAGAUAGUGGACUUUUUCUUUUGUUCCCUCUCUUUCUUCUUUUUGUGGAUAUGUUUAGAUACCUGGAUCAGAAUUACUUUGUGAUAAUGACAAGCCUAGAAUAAACUCGUGAUGGGCAUUUAGAUAAAACAGUGCAACAAGGAAACUGAUGCUCUCACAGUACAGACAUUAAAAUUUAAAAAUCUGAGUUGGUGUGAAGAUCAAUAUAGUAUUACAUCCUAGUACGUAAGAUUGCUAAUAUUUGCUUAGCGUGGGUUAUUCUUUGGUGUAUCUUGGAUCUUCGUGAUUUCCUGGUGCAUUAAGUAUUGUAUCUGAAAAUCAUAGUUACUAGAUACCUUUUCUUUUCCUCUACAAAAUUAUGUAUGUGCCUUUUGUGCAGAAAUGUGGUGGAAUUUGAAGUAUGUAUUCUUAAUGAUUGUACUGUUUUUUCGCGCUUUUUUUCAUAAUCCAUGGAUAUAAUGACUUGAUUUUUUUCAGGAAAGGCACAAAAUGCUGUUACUGUGGAGCUUUUAUGGUGUAGCUCAUUAGGGGGCAGUAGUGCUCUUUGUCACUCUGGUUCUUUGCUUUUUUUUUUUUUUUUUGAGAUAAUAUUCAGAAUCAAUUCUGAAGUCAGUCAUUGUGGGAAGUGUUUAAGUGUUUAAAUUUCUAAUCUGUAUAUGACAAUAGAAAUUUCACUUGUGUAUAUUA